GAGGAUCGCGGCCGAAUGGAGAGGAAGGGCCCGGCGGCCGCGGCCCAGGGGACCCCGCCGAGCCCCCCGCCUGCGCUGGGCAGCACCCCGGGCGGCGGCCCGGCCGGGGCGACGGCCCCCGAGCCCGCCGAGUCCAUCGGGCGCGCGCUGGACUUCAAGGGCCAAGGCGCGCAGUGCUACAAGGACAAGAAAUUCCGCGAGGCCAUCGGCAAGUACCACCGCGCCCUGCUGGAGCUCAAGGGGCUGCAGCCGGGCCCCGGCUCCGAGCGGGAGCGGGGACCCCGGGCCCCCCACCCCGGCACCCGGCUGUCGGAGGAGCAGAGCAAGACGGUGGAAGCCAUCGAGAUCGACUGCUACAACAGCCUGGCAGCCUGUCUGCUCCAAGCUGAGCUAGUAAACUAUGAAAGAGUCAAAGAAUAUUGCCUCAAAGUCCUGAAGAAGGAAGGGGAAAACUUCAAGGCCCUCUACAGGUCUGGUGUGGCCUUCUACCACCUUGGGGACUAUGACAAAGCACUCUAUUACCUAAAAGAAGCCAGGACUCGACAGCCUACAGAUACCAACGUGAUUCGGUAUAUCCAGCUGACAGAGAUGAAGCUCAGCAGAUGCUCCCAGAGAGAGAAAGAAGCCAUGUAAUGAGAACCCCCUCUCUCGAGCUCCACCGCGCCUGCACUGGGACAUCCAUGCACCCCUGGUGGAGAGUCCAUCUCUGGGUUCUCUUCCUUUCACACACCCCCUUCUUCUGACUCCCUCUUGUUCUGUUGCCCCUCAUCUCUUUGUCUACUGCCAGUGUGAAAAGGAUAGGUGCACAUUUUGAAUCUAGUGGGUGUCCCUAGUCACGGAGCAUCCCUUCUUCAGUAGGUCAGCUCCCAAAAGGGCCUCGCUCCUAUAGGGACCGCUGGAAAGGACUCUCCCAGGUUGAGGCUUUGACUUUGGCCCAUGUAGCUUUUGUCAAAGAUAGAGCCUGGCAGUGAACCACAAGGUACAAAGCUAACAAGCUGGACCCUAUCCUGACAGACCAGAGCAUCUAAAGGCAACCCAGGGAUACAGCUGACCCCAGAAAUGUCAGUCAAACCUGACUCAGUACACUGGAUUUUCCCCCUCAGCCCUGGUAGCCUCACCCCUUGCCUCCUCCUCUCACUUGCUGGCAUGUGCUUUCUUCUCUCCCCAGCAGGGUUCUGAGACCCUGCCAGGGUUCACAUGCCACUGAAGCCCACGCUCAGUGCCCUGUAAUGACCACACAUACCAUUCCUCCCACCCAACACGCAGCUGUGACCAAGAAGGGCAGGGAGAGAGGAUAUCUAGGGGACACUGGCUAGAUGGGCAUGUUGAACUGUGGACUUAAGCAGUGCAGAUAAAAGGGAUCAAGAGGCAGCAAUUCCUGUCAUUUCUGUCAGAAGCAACCCACCCCUUCACUCUCACUCCUGCCCUUCACUCUCAAUAGAGCCACUUACAGCCAAGCAGGAUGAGAUUUCUUCCAAAGCAGUGGCCAUUUGUCCAAUGGUACACAAUGUUGGCUGCUGCUUUUGUGCUUGUAGAGUAGGCUGGGAUUGUGGAGACAGCCCAGGGUCUUGGCAUUGUGGGAAUUUGUACAGAUGAAAUUAUCUGGACUCAAGCACAUAGAAUGGGUUCAACACGUAUUUGUUGAAUGAAUAAAUAAUGACUGCAGACUGGCUCUCCUGCCUUAAACUAAUUUUAUCCCAGCCUAGUCUCCUGAUAGCUAUGCUCUUUACGCUACGCCAUGUUGUUUCUGUCAAAUAAGAACCAUUUACCGAGGGCUCAUUUUUUAGGUUUUUUUUUUUUUUUUUUUUUUUUUUUUUUUGCCUGUCAUUGUCAUAGACAAUGUGUAGGACAUAGUUAUAGUCCUUGUCUCUGAGGCGGCGGAAGAGUUUAGAAAGACUCGUAUGAGGUUCUUACUAAUGACACCUUUAAUUUAUAUAAUGCUUUAAACUUUUCAAGGCACUUUUAUGUAUUUUUGUGUGUGAUUAGUGAAAGAGACAAUAUUGUACAAAUGAUAUACAGAUGCAAUAAUGUUAAUAGUUAGCAUUUAUUAAAUGCACUAUCCUCUGAUUUGUACAUGUAUAAGCUCAUUUCUUACAUACAGUUACCAUAGGAUAUACUUUUGAAGGAUAAGAAAAGCAAAAAUAAACAAGUCUCCCCAGGUUGCUUGACCUUCAGUGGAAAAGCCAGGAUUUAAACUAGUUCUCUCUGACUCCAGAGCUCUGGCUGCCGCUCUUCAAUAGAGUGUAAUGAGGAGUCACAAUCAUUCGAGAGAAUGAUGGGUAUUGAGUUGAAAGUCUUGCUUGUAUUAGUUGGUUGGUACAUGGGCUGCCACUUGUAUUUUGUCCAAAGCCAAAAAGAUCCCUAAUUCCAGACACAGUAAUGGUCAGAGCAGUGACAGCCAGAAAAAGACAGCUGAGAUCCAGCAGUUAUUUCUGGGUAUUUAGUCUUCUUACUGAUAGGACCAGCAUGUAUCCAAACAACCUCCGUACUGUUGCUCACCCCAUGCCCAGUGUCAGUAAAGAGUCACAAUUAUAGACAGAGCUGGAAAGGAAGCUCAGAGUUAAUUAUGGGUUAUUUGUUUAAUCAGAGCCUCUACUGCUAUGAAUCCAAUCACAGCUCUAGACCCAGAGGCCGGAGUGAAGAAUAGAGACUCACACAAUACCUCAGAGUCUUACAAUAGGCUACAAGUAAGCUCUAGAAAUCCACAGGGACCUAUAUUUGUUUGUUUCUAGUUCACUCUCCAGAGAAGCGGAAAAUGAUAACACUGAUGAGCUGCCCCAUACCCCUACCCCUACUAUAGCCUUCUUUCGCCUGUCUUAUUGCAAAAUUACUUCCCAAGGCCCUAGCUAAGACCAUCCUAUAGCAAAGGUAACUGCAAAAGGUAAUGAUCCCAAGCCUCCAGCCCAGAAAGUCUGUGGGUUGGAAAACUGCUUGGAGAUGAGGUCAGAAGGUGGCCUACGAAAUGCAAUCCAAAUAAGCAGGAUUUGCCUUUGGUCUUCAUGUCAAAAAUAGGAAGGACUUCUCCCUGACAGAAAGCUGGAAAGAGAUCUUGCCUAAGGGGGGCGAGGUGGAGCAGGGAUGGACAAAUGGGGAAAGACUAUUGCACCCCCACUCCCACACACAGAGAACCAACAAGCUUAGUGAUGUAAAGACUACUUCUCAGAACUCACUAUGACCCAAAGUUUAAGAAGUCCAUAGAAAAAAAAUUGUCUGGAAGAACUGAUUGGUGUUUGGGGUGUUAGGAUGGAUUUUUCUGUGCAUUUGAUCAACAGACUUUGGAGUGCUGGGAAACAAAAUCAGGUCUGCUUACCUUGAAAAAUUUCCACUCCAUCUCCCCCAGCCUCCUUCCCCUUCUCCCCAAUGGGGGCCUGGUUUCAUUGCACAUCUUGUUUGCACAUCAAACUGCUGAGACCUGGAUCUGAACUCCUUUGUCAUCUCCCACUUCGAUUUUUGGAUUUUUGUUCAUCAACUUUUGGGGGACAAAAUUGACUUUUCAUUCUCAUAAAAGGUUCAUGUGUAUACUUUGGGGAGGGUGCAAAGAAGACAAACUCCAAUAUAUAAAUAGUCCUACCACCAGGAUAAACAUUGUGACCCUUUGGAAUAUAUCUCUUGGUUCUUCUUGGUAUAACUGUCCACAUGCACGCGCACAAUUUUUUUAAAACCAAACAACGGAUAAAAUGUAUAUACUCAACUACCUUUUCAAGAUGUGAAUAUUUUAGAAUAUGUCACACAUGCACAAAUGCAAACAUUUUAAAAACGUGUUGCGGUAAGAAGUCUUGUUGCUUCUGGCCCUAUCUGCCCAUAGCUGUUUUUUCUCCAAUUGCUGAUCUAUCUUUCCAGAGUCAUUUAAGCAUUUUCCAACUUCUGUGAACGUAUAUUCUUUUGUUACUCGCCAAUGGUAGCCCAUGGGAUACAUUUCCACCUCGCGUGACUAUACUUCCUUGAUCCUGAACAUAAUGUGUUUUGUGUGUCUUCCAUUUUUUCAUACUUAGCAGCAUCUUUGUUACUUAGAGGGACACAUUUUCAUUUGGCAUCUCAGCUCCCCCCGUGGUGAUUAUUUCAUUUGUUCCCAACUUUAUUGUAAAUAACGUUGCAACAGACAUUCCUAUGGCUAAAUUUUGCACACACCGACCACUAGUCCCUGAGGAUAAAAACCCAGCAAGAAAAUUGCUUGGCUAUAUUUAAGAAUUAUGAUGUAUGUUGCCAACUGCCUUCCAGAACGUUUGUACCAGAGCAAUCUCCUAUUUGCAGCCCUAAGAGCUCCUUCUUUGCACUUAGAGUCCUCAUGGGCAUGAUGAAUUACCAAAUCUUUACCAAUUUGAUAGGAAGAUAAGAGCAUGUGACUGUAAUUUGAUCUUGCACUUCUUUGACUAGUGAAUAACAGCUCAUAUACUUUUUAAUCACUUGUACUGACUUAUUUGAUAUUAGUAUGUUUAUUAUCAAUGUGUAAUUUUACUAAGAAUAUCUUUUUGUCAAGAAACAUUGCAGGUAUGCUUUCAAGUGCUUUGCUUCUUUCAAAACUUCUGUUAAUGGUGCUUUUUGACAUACAUAAAUUCUUAAUUCUGCAAUUAA